AUGAGUAAAUUCCGAUUGAUGAAAUUUGGUACUCGCCUUCUUGAUCUCGAGACUACAUUAUUGUGUGGACAAACAUUCACGUGGAAACAUUUCAAAACACCACAUGCUUCGUCCUUUGUCGGAGUUCUUGGAAAUCAUGUUUUGGAAUUGACGACCAAGCCAUCAAGUUCUCAUCUCAUUCACAGCAAUUCCAAUGAUCAUUUUGAAGAAUUGAAGAACAUGAUAACAAGUAAAUCAACGUUGAGUGGUAGUAGUGACAUUUCAUGCAGUGCUGCUUCUUCGUCCGUUGAAACAGAUCAAUAUGUCUAUUAUAGAAAAUUAUUCCCAAUAGCCAAAAACAAUCAAUCCGAAAGCGAACUCUCCACAGAGUUCUCAGAACCAAUCGACGAAACUACUCUCUAUGCAGAAAUUGAACAAUUAAUGGAUGAAUUUUUCCAUUUCAAUACUUAUGAUAUUUGUCAAUUACAUGAAAAUUUUGCAACCUCAGAUCCAAAAUUAUUUGGAAAAAUUGUCAAGUAUUAUCAAGGAUGGCGAUUAUUGAAAUUGGACCCAAUUGAAACACUUUUUUCAUUCAUUUGUAGCUCAAAUAAUAAUGUUUCAAGAAUUACGAAAAUGGUUCAAUCUUUAUGUGAAGAUUAUGGAACGUACUUGGGAGAAUUUAGUAUUGAUGAAGGAAACACCACAUUUCCAAUGUAUAAAUUUCCAACAUUGGAGCAAUUAGAGAAUAGUACAGAACAAGCUUUAAAAGACAAAAACUUUGGAUAUCGAGCGAAAUACAUUGUUCAAACCAUUCAAAAGUUAAAGAAAAAACCAGAGAAUUAUUUACUCACACUACAAAAUAAGGAAUUAUUUCCUACCACACAACACGUAUUGGACGAAUUGAAACAAUUUUCUGGAGUGGGUAUGAAAGUUGCUUCCUGUAUUGCCUUAUAUUGUUGCAAUCGAUUUGAUUGUGUUCCUACCGAUGUUCACAUUUUGAGAAUUGCCAGAAAUUGUUAUCCUUCCAUGAAAAAGUGUAUUCAAGAAAAGAAGACACUCUCAGAGAAGGAUGUAAAAUUGGUCAUGAAAGAGUUUGUAAAUAUCUUUGGAGAAUAUGCUGGUGUUGCUCAAAUGAUACUUUACGGAAGUCAAUUGUCACAAUUUAAGGAACGAAUUCCACAGGAAGUGAGAGAAAGUAUAUUUUCUGAGGCAAAAAAGAAGAGAUCGAAAAAAGAGAUGGCACGUAGUGAUGAAGAUAGCUCUGAUGAGCAAGACAACAAGGAUCAUGAGCACAACGAUGCAGAAGCAUUGUCAUCAAUAUCGUCACAAGAGGAGGUUGAUCAAGAACCAAUUAUUGCUCCCAAAAAGAGAAAAAGUAAUUCAAUCGAGAAAGCCACAGAGAAAAUAGAUGAUGCAUUAAUUGCUUCCCAGUUUAGUUUGAAUGGUUGUUAUGCUGCGUCGACAAGUUCGUACAUUCCUUAA